AUGAGUGUAAGGGCUAGACAUGGAUCCUCCUACUUUAUUACAUUUAUAGAUGAUUUCACUCAUUAUGUUCAUGUCUAUUUGAUUUCACAUAAAUCUGAAACAUUGGAAUAUUUUAGACGCUAUGUCAAUGAAGUGGAAAAACAAAUGGAUAAGACAAUAAAGGCUUUGAGAACUAAUAGAGGAUGUGAAUAUCUAUCAGAUCAAUUUAAGGAUCUGUGUAAUAAAAAGGAGACUGAUUUUCAUAAGAGAGGUGAAAUUAAGGGGAAUGAACCUUUAUCUGAGUUAUCCGAUUCAGAUAAUAGGUUGUUGCCAAAUGAGUCAUCUAAAGCUCAAGUGGAUGAGUUGUUGUUUGAUUCCAGUGGGAGAGAUCCUUAUUAUAAUGAUUCAUCUGAUCCAAGUAGGAGCAACCCUAAUGGGAACAAUCCUGAUCAUGAUGAUUCUUAUGAUUUAAGUAGGAGUAAUCAUGAUCAUAAUGAUUCAUCUGAUAUGAGUAGGAGCAACCCUAAUGGGAACAAUCUUGAUCAUGAUGAUUCUUAUGAUUUGAGUAGGAGUAAUCCUGAUCAUAUUAAUUCAUCUAAUCCUCAACUUCGGAAGAGUAAUAGGAAAGGUAUGCCUAAACAUCAUUAUGAGAUUGAAGGGCAUACUUAUAUCAUAUCUUCAAUUGAUGAAGAAAAGCCUAAAAACAUAGACGAAGCUAUAUCUUGUCCUUUGAGGGACAAAUGGAUAAAUGCAAUGAAAGAAGAAAUGAAUUCAAUGAAAUCAAACAAUGUUUGGAAACUAGUUGAAAUUUCUCAUGGUCAUAAAGCUAUUCGAAACAAAUGA